ACACCGCGCACUGCGCACUGCGCACUUCUUCUCAGUCCACUGAAGCAUGGGAUGCAUGCAUCUUCCACAACAAUGUGCACGGACUUAAUGGAAGAAGGGACACUCACUCAUUCGAUCUCUUUGUCGUGUGUCGUGUGUCUUGUUGUUCGAUUGCUGUGAAUGUCUCCGAGCUCGCAGACGUGUACACGGUACCAUCAUUCUCAGCCGCUAGGGGAAUCGGGACGGGAACCCGGGCCACAAACGUGUUCACGGCUCACCCAGAAAAGUCCCCACUACGACCCAUCUAUAAUCGAGGAGCCACGGCCGAGUUCGAAUCUCCUGCCCUGAGAUGAUUUGAGCGGCAUGCGAGUUCCCCCGUACCCGCCGAGUUCCAAUUGGUUGGGUUUCUAGCCAUUCAUGUCCAGUGUCGACUCAUUCGGACAUGAGCCCAUGAUCGGACAAAGCGGACGGACCCAAGGUCAACCCAGUCAUGGCAUUGCUCCCUUCGAUUGCGUUGUUUGAAUGACCACUAUGACAGCCUCGCCUCCCUCGGAAACGGUGGCUGCCACCUCGGAGGUCGUGUCUCAAACGGCCAAAGACGUGCUGGUAGUGGAUCUCCAUCCGGUUGAUGUCCACGAGCAUCCCAAGAUAUCAAAUUCGCGCCGGAUCUGUACCUCAUUGGCGGCCGGGGCCAUGGCGGGUGCUCUGGCCAAGACCACCAUCGCACCCCUGGAUCGCACCAAGAUCUAUUUCCAGACCCAUCCCGAGAAGAACUAUCGUAUCAAGGGCGCGGUCAAGUUUUUGCGGCUCACGUAUGAACGUGAGGGAUUCCUGCGAUUGUGGCGUGGUAACUCGGCUACCAUGGCCCGGAUCAUUCCCUACGCUUCCAUUCAGUUCAUGGCUCAUGAGCAAUAUAAACGCUUAUUGGGUAUCGAAGAAGCCAAACCGGUCAAAAAGCCCGGGGUGAAAAAUUUCGUAGCCGGAUCCCUGGCUGGGCUGACCGGUCAAUCGCUCACUUACCCUUUGGAUCGGGCGCGAGCGGUCAUGGCAGUCACAAAAGUGGGUGAUUACAAUAAUCUCGUCAAUGUGUUCCGGCGCAUCAUAAUGGAUGAAGGGUUUUGGGCCUUGUACGUGGGAUUCGCUCCCACCAUGGCUGGUGUGGUCUUUUAUGCGGGUACGAGCUUCUUUGUCUACGAGAAGAUGAAGCAUUUCUUCACCCAAAGCGAACCCCACGCGCCUCCAAGCCCAACGCAAAGACUGAUGUCAGGUGCCCUGGCUGGCUUGGUGGGCCAGACGUCUUCGUACCCUUUGGAUAUUGUCCGACGGAGAAUGCAAACGGCCAAGCAAAUGGGUGUCAAUCUUAACACUUAUUCUUCCAUUGGCGGAACGAUCAAACUUAUUCUGCAACGCGAAGGCUUUCGACGUGGACUCUACAAGGGUAUCAGCAUGAACUUCAUUAAGGGCCCCAUUGCCACGGCAAUUAGUUUCACGACAUUCGAUUACUUCCAAUUGUUCCUAAGAAAAGCUCUGAUAGUGGUGAGCCGUGACGAAAAGUGAAAAAAUUAUUUACAAACCUGACCGGGUAGAAAGUUGAAACCCAGGACAAUUAUGUAUGUAGUUAUGAAAGGUUGUGGAACGACGAAAUCUUCGUGCCUUUUUCCCAUUCCUAUGACUGAUUGAUAUUAAGUUAAAGUCCUUAGCUUUUCAUGCUGCACAACUCUUUCACCGCACAGUUUAAUGCAAAUGUAACUAAUGUAGACUUAUCUUUGUAGUAGCAUAUUUUAGUACAGUCUCUCAAAGCAACGGGAUGAACAAAUUUCAACGAUUUGAACGAGUCAUUUGAGAAACAAAAUUCAUUCAGACUUAUAAGAACGUUAAUCAGAUUUAUUGCCAUUACCUCAAACGAACGAUGUAUGUAGUUAAUAAACGAAAGUCUUCGUUGACGGCAA